GUCACGUGAUGUUUGCAGCUGCUUCCGGGUCGCUGUGGGACGCGGCCGCCGGGCCUGGAAGUCCAAGAAGGGAGCAUGGACCAGCCCAGUGGAAGGAGUUUCAUGCAAGUUCUGUGUGAGAAAUACAGCCCUGAGAACUUCCCCUACCGCCGUGGGCCUGGCAUGGGGGUGCAUGUUCCAGCAACUCCACAGGGCUCACCUAUGAAAGACCGCCUGAACCUGCCCAGUGUGCUGGUGCUCAACAGCUGUGGCAUCACCUGUGCCGGGGACGAGAACGAGAUCGCCGCAUUCUGCGCCCACGUCUUUGAGCUCGACCUCUCUGACAACAAACUGGAAGACUGGCACGAGGUCAGUAAAAUUGUGUCCAACGUCCCCCACCUGGAGUUUCUAAACCUGAGUUCCAACCCUCUCAGUUUGUCCGUUUUAGAGAGAAGUUGCGCUGGGUCUUUCGCUGGCGUCCGCAAACUUGUGCUCAACAACAGCAAAGCUUCCUGGGAAACAGUGCACACCAUCCUGCAGGAAUUACCAGACUUGGAGGAGCUCUUCCUGUGCCUUAACGACUAUGAAACAGUGUCUUGUUCUCCAGUUUGCUGUCAGUCUCUCAAGCUACUCCACAUAACUGACAAUAAUCUUCAAGACUGGACUGAAAUUCGAAAGUUGGGAAUUAUGUUUCCAUCACUGGACACACUUAUCCUGGCUAACAACAACCUCACCACCAUUGAAGAGUCAGAAGAUUCCCUGGCAAGGCUCUUCCCCAACCUAAGAUCCAUCAAUUUGCACAAGUCAGGUCUGCAUUGCUGGGAAGACAUUGACAAGUUAAAUUCUUUCCCCAAGCUUGAGGAAGUGAAAUUGCUGGGAAUUCCUCUGCUGCAGUCUUAUACCACCGAGGAACGCAGGAAGCUGCUAAUAGCCAGGUUGCCAUCCAUCACCAAGCUCAAUGGCAGCAUCGUGGCCGACGGGGAGCGGGAGGACUCGGAGCGGUUCUUCAUCCGCUAUUACAUGGAGUUCCCCGAGGAGGAGGUCCCUUUCAGGUAUCAUGAGCUGGUCACCAAGUACGGGAAGCUGGAGCCCUUGGCAGUGGUGGAUCUGCGGCCUCAGAGCAGCGCCAAGGUGGAGGUUCACUUCCAGGACAAGGUGGAGGAGAUGUCCAUCCGCCUCGACCAGACUGUGGCAGAGCUGAAGAAGCACUUAAAAACUGUGGUGCAGCUGUCAACAAGCAACAUGCUGCUCUUCUACUUGGACCAGGAAGCUCCUUUUGGUCCCGAGGAGAUGAAAUACAGCUCGCGGGCGCUGCAUUCCUACGGCAUCCGGGAUGGGGAUAAAAUUUACGUGGAGCCCAGAAUGAAAUAGCCUUUCUGCCCACACCCACACGCCCCCACACACCCACACACAUGCAUUGAGGAGUUUUUUGCAAGGUUUUUGUUUCGGUUGGUUGGUUGAGGUUUGGUUGUGUUUCUGUAGCAGGUAAUUUCUUAGCCCGGAGGAAGUGCCCUGAUCUGAGAACCAUGCCCACCAUCCACUGCAGGUGACCUUGAGGUGACAAUUGACUUUAGGAUGUGUGUUUCAGUGUGGGCAAUACCUUGAUGUUUCCUUUGAUGCUCCGGUAUACUCGUGAUUUGGCGUGAAUGGUCACUUGUUCAAGCUAAACAAUGCCAGGGUCCAUAAGGGAGGAGACAGCUCGGUGCAGAAUUUGACCUGUUUCUUUCUUUUCCGAAAUUUUUUGGUGUUUUGCUCCACCAGAGCUCCCUUUGGCCUAGCUAUCCAACUGUGGCUCGAGCUUGCUGUAGUAUUUUCUUGCAGCUUGGUGCUGUCUCAACCUUUUGUUGUGCUCGAGUUCACAGGAAAGAUCUCCAUCAGUAUUUUGCUUGAUUCAGAGCUCAGGUACUUUAGUGCAUCCACUUCACUCCACUGGUUUGCUUUCUGUGAGUGCACAAAAUGGGGGAAAGAAAAAGAACUUCCCAGAAAGAAACUUUUCUUUUCAAAGUGCACGCUCUAUAUCCACCUGAUUUUUUGGGGAAAAAAAAGAGGUUUGGGCUGCUGUACCCAUCUCACGUGGUGCCUGCAGCCUGUGGGGAUAAAGGGUGUGUUGGAAAGCGAAUUUUGGGAGGUGGUGGAUGAGCGCUGCGUUGGAAGGGCUUAUAGAGCAACAGGCCAACAAGGGGUUAAAGAGCAGCUUCCCCCGUUGGCCAUUGCCCAUCCUGAUGCUGAAGAGAUCCUCCUUGCACUUCACCUUGUGCCAGUGGGCGCUGCAAGUGGAAUGGCUAAAAUUCCUCUCCUGGGAGAGAGGAAGAGUCAAGUUGAAGUUUGUGUUUGUUGCUGUUGCACCAGUUCAAACCUAGCACUUUCCCCGGGGCCCCUGGCCGGGGUCCCUGCCUAGGGUCCGAACUCGGAGGAUGUGUUGGCUCGGGUCAGCCUCUGGAAGUGGAGGAACAGAGCAGCUGGACUCACGCUGGGUGUUCAGCAGGUUUCACU